AAAUAUAUAAGUAUAUUGUCAGGUACACCACACGUAAAAGUGUGUGUCAUUUUUGUAAAUGUAAAUUUAUUGUGUGCUUGUUUGAUAUAUAAAAUGGGCAUAUUAGAAAAAAUAUCUGAGAUUGAAAAAGAAAUUGCUCGGACGCAAAAGAAUAAAGCUACUGAAUAUCAUUUAGGUUUAUUAAAAGCAAAGCUUGCAAAGUAUAGAUCACAACUUUUAGAACCACCAAAGAAAUCUGAAAAAGGAGAGGGAUUUGAUGUAUUAAAAUCAGGAGAUGCAAGAGUAGCUUUAAUAGGUUUUCCCUCUGUAGGAAAAUCUACUUUGUUAAGUACAUUAACACACACAGAAUCUGAAGCAGCAUCUUAUGAAUUUACUACUUUAACUUGUAUACCUGGUGUUAUUGAAUAUAAAGGAGCUAAUAUUCAACUUCUUGAUCUUCCUGGAAUAAUUGAAGGUGCUGCGCAGGGUAAAGGAAGAGGUAGACAAGUAAUAGCUGUUGCAAGAACAGCGGACUUAGUUCUUAUGAUGCUAGAUGCUACUAAACAAGAUGUACAAAGACAACUCCUAGAAAAAGAAUUGGAAUCAGUUGGUAUACGACUUAAUAAGAAAAAGCCAAACAUAUAUUUUAAGAUAAAAAAGGGAGGUGGAUUGGCAUUCAACUCCACAUGUCCAUUAACAAAAGUAGAUGAGAAAUUAGUGCAAAUGAUUUUACAUGAAUAUAAAAUUUUCAAUGCAGAAGUUCUAUUUCGUGAAGAUUGCAGUGCAGAUGAGUUAAUCGAUGUGAUUAAUGCUAACAGAGUAUAUUUACCAUGUCUUUAUGUACAUAACAAAAUAGAUCAAAUAUCAAUAGAAGAAGUGGAUAGAAUUGCCAGGCAGCCUAAUAGCGUAGUAGUUAGUUGUAAUAUGAAAUUGAAUCUAGAUUUCCUUCUUGAAACAUUGUGGGAAUAUUUAUCUUUAAUAAGAGUUUAUACAAAAAAACCUGGACAACCACCUGAUUUUGAAGAUGGUUUAAUAUUAAGAAAAGGGGUUACUGUAGAACAUGUAUGUCAUGCAAUUCAUCGUACACUUGCUCAACAAUUUAAAUAUGCUCUUGUUUGGGGUACAAGUACCAAGUAUUCACCACAACGAGUAGGAGUACAACAUGUUAUGCACGAUGAAGACGUUAUUCAAGUAGUUAAAAAAUAAAAUUUAUAUGAUUAUGUGCAUAAAUUAUCUGUGAAAAUCUAAAUAGCAAAAAUAGAACAUUGUAUAAUUUUGUUUAUACAUUUUAUACGCAUUUGCUGAAACGAAAAGGAAGAGAUUAUCUUUUAAAAUUUACUUCAACUUCUGGGUUUGUUCUAUUUAGUAUAAAUAUGAAACAUUUAUACUAUAUACUUCUUAUUAGUUUAAAAACUAAAAUUGUUUAAAUGCAACUUUUAAUAAAUAUCAUUCAUAUAAAAAUAAUCCUAAAGAAGCUAAUUUUUUAUAGUUGUAUAAUGAUCAUAUAUACAUACCAUUUGUUUAUUAAAAAUAUAUUGCGA